GUGUUUUGGUGAAGUCCAUUGGUGAUGGUGCUGCUGCUGUCGACUGAAGGGGAAACUUAUUCAGCAGUACUGUCUGGAGGACAACAGUCUGUCACCUCUGUAACAGGAUGUUACUGAAAAUACUGUUGGGCUUCCUGUGUGGCGUCAGGGCAUUGGCCCGAGAAAAUGCCACGGCCCAGCAAGGUCCUCUGCCGCUGCUGCUGGUGUCAUUCGACGGUUUCCGAGCAGACUACCUGCAGAGGUUCCCCAUGCCGAACCUGAAGCUCCUGUACAGCCAAGGGGUUCUGGUGAAGCAGCUUACCAACGUCUUCAUCACGAAGACGUUUCCCAACCACUACAGCCUGGUCACAGGGCUGUACGCUGAGUCUCACGGUAUCCUGGCCAGCAACAUGUACGACCCCGUCAGCCACAAGCACUUCCAUGCCGGCAACGACACCGACCCGUCGUGGUGGAACAGCACGCAGCCCCUCUGGGUCACGGCGCUGGACUCCGGCUACAAGACGGCUGCCAUGAUGUGGCCCGGCUCCGACGUGAUCAUCAGAAACCGCACGCCAACGCACUUCUUUCCCUACAGCGCUGAAGUGACGUUCCAGCAACGGCUGGGGAAUGUGACAAACUGGAUGCUGGGAGACGGAAAGGAGCAAGGAGUGAUGUUUGCUGCUCUCUACUGGGAGGAGCCAGACCGGUCAGGUCACAUAUUCGGCCCUGACAACACCACCGCCAUGGGCAAAGUGCUGAAGGAGGUUGACGACAACGUCGGCCUGCUGAUUUCGGAGCUGAAGCGGACGGGCCUCUGGGGUCGCAUCAACGUCCUGGUGACCAGCGACCACGGCAUGGCUCAGUGCUCAGCUGAACGCCUCAUUCGGCUCGACGACUGCCUCCACCCGGACAACUACACACUGGUGGACCUCACACCUGUUGCCGCCCUCAUCCCACAUGCAGACCCAGAGGCUGUCUACAACCUGCUGAAUAAGUGCCAUGCAAAUAUGACAGCAUAUUUGAAGAAGGCCAUCCCUGAUAAGCUGCACUACAGGAACAACCAGCGUAUCCAGCAAAUCAUACUGAUUGCUGAUGAGGGCUGGACCAUAGUGCAGCGGGGGAACCAGCUGCCAAGAUUGGGCGAUCAUGGCUACGACAACUCCCUACCCAGCAUGCACCCCUUCCUGGCAGCGACGGGGCCCAGCUUCCGUCGGGAUUACCAAAUCAGCACUUUACAGAGCGUGGACAUUUACCCGCUCAUGUGUCACCUGCUGUCGGUGAUCCCGCAGCCCAACAACGGCACCCUGACCCAGGCUCGGUGCCUGCUGGCUGCUGAGACCUGCUCGGAUGUCCCACUGAUGAUCGGCCUGGUGGUGGGCGUCCUGCUAGUUCUCACUAUGAUCACUGUUCUGUUUAGGUUGGUGAGAUCCCGCCGCCCGUCAGGCCCCCGGCCCUUCCAGAGGCUGCAGGUCGACUACGACGACGACGACCCCCUGUUGGAGUGAACCAGUCGGAGCUGGUCACCACACACUAACCUGUGUCACCUGUUCGUGCUCCGAAAGGUACUUGACUUGUUGCACUUUAAUGAGUGAGGCCGCUGCUCGAGCUUUCAUUAUGGCAUGUGUGUGCUGUAUAUGUGUGUACAUGCAUGCACUCAAAAGACCUGUUGUUUUAAAGCCUUCAGGCCCACUGACACCUGCUGUGAAGUUGUACACUGGUGUAAAAACAGCAGUAGGACAGAGUGAAUUCUAUACAUGUCACUGACUCUUACUGUUGUUCAAUCCUGUUACCAUAGACUUGAAAAUGUGACAAGAAGCCAGUUGUGUUUUGUUCAAGAAUGUAACUCAUUUUGAGGAAAUACUGAAGAAUCUUGGUAUGAGGAUGACAUUGAGAUUAAUAAUUUUAUUCUAGGAGUUUAAAGAGAUACUUUUGUUUAAGUUACUGCUUUAAGAGAUUUCUUUUAGAUUUUUUCUGCAGGGAACCGUCUUCAGAGAAAACUUGAUUUCAUGUUUGUGUGUAUUUUAUUUUUGUGGAUUUGUAGUUUUACUUUUUGUCAGCAGAGGGAGCCAGUAGCUAAUCUACGAUUCAUGUUGUGUCCCGCUGAUGGCUCAUGGAGAGGCUUGAAAAGACUCUUAUCGGAACCGUGUGUUGGUUACUGAGUCGUCUCAACGACGCACACAUUCUGCUUUGAUCCAUAUUUGCAUGCUGAAAAAGUGAAAUUUGAAAUCUGAAUUAAUACAUUUUUAUUCCUAAAUUAUAAGUAUACUAAAAUGCUCUCUAUUGUAUAAAUACAAUAAAGAGAAAUGGUGUAUUGAGGCGGAUUAUUUCUAUGCGGGUUGUUCAGUGGUGUGUCAGGUAUCCAUUCUGUAUUUAUAGUAUGUGUAUGAAUUAUACCAAAGACUGUAAUCAAGAUGCACAACAGAUGCUCCAAAGAGAUAUUCACCUGAAAAAGAGAUUUUUUUUUUUUAACUUAAAGCAGUAUAAUGUUGCUUACUGGCAUCAGGUAGAACAGUAACACACUAUAUCACCUUGAUUUUAAGAAUUGUGCAAGACCAGAUUCACAUAAUGAGUUGAAACUCAAAAUCAUUGAGGAAUAAGUUUUCAUAUUUAUCUGAUGCUUACUGACGCCUCGUAUCUUACUACCAACAAAUCCCAUGAAAAGACCAAAGCCAACAACGAGUGGAUCCCACUGACAGGUCUUGCCUGUUUGUCUAAAGCCUAUCUUAUUCCUCUGAACCACAGAGCUCCAUUGUCGUCCAUAAACUUUGAAAAACACGUGGAUGAGCCACAUUGUUGCACUGGAUGUUCCUGCAUUGUGAUAAACAAAUGCACUGAAGUUUAUUUUGGCUCCAUCCACUGUACUCCGUCCUGCCGCUGUAAAUACUCAGUAGACCGUCAAAUGAGUAUUCAUCCUCAGCUGAAAGUAGUCCCUGACUAAUGCUGUAACGUUUGCUUAAAAACUGCAGUGCCCAGCUGUUUCAGGGAAUGAUUUAGUGUUUUGUUUUUUGUUUUUUUUUUUAAAUGAGGUGAUGUAUUUCUGCCCUGUUUUAAGACUCACACACGUGGCUGCGUGCCACCAACAGGACAGAGAUGUCAGAGAGUCCUGAGAGACAGACUCACACAUGUUGAUUUUUGGUCUUUUCGUGAGGUUUCCUGACAAUAGCAAAACUGCAGACCAUUGUCAUGCUCAUCCUUUCAUGCAGUGCUGCUCGCGUGCUUCUCCAGCCAUGUAUCUACUGAUAUGUAUAUACUGUUCAUGCAUCUAUUCAUGUGUAUGUGUGUGUGUGGUCGUGUAUGAGGUGAAGAGGAAACAGGUGAAGAGGAAAAAUUCCACAUCCGACCUCUUGUCAUGUCCUCUUCUGUCUUCUGCAUAUGGCAUUUUUUUUAAACGUCAGCAUGUAAACCCACCUGUGAUGCCGUGAUAUAAUCGGCAUCAACAAACGAGACUGUGGUCAGUGUGAGUGACUCACUCUCGUGCUGUUGUUUUUCUGUUACUUUACACAAGUUAGACCACACACCUCAUGAACAUGGUUGCUUCAAGUCACAUCGAGCAGAUUAGAUUUUUUGGAUAGAAGUUUUCACCUUACUGAGGAGAAAAAACAUUUUAGAAGUGUGUUUUUAUUUCAUCUGCACCCUCUUCCUAUUGUCUGUAUUAAACUGUCAGACAUAACUUUGUGCCACAAAGCAAUCUCAGUGUAAAAUUCAGUAGAAUGGUGUGUCUCAAGGCAAUGGUCUCAUUUUUAUGAUUAUCAUAUUUUUGUGUAUGUGGUGUUUUGAAUGCUGCGCGUAAGCUUCAUCUUUGCACUGUGUUUGUGCUUCAUCCUAAGAGUCACUGUUUUUAGGUUUCUAGUUUGGAGAUGUGGAAAAACUAUGCAAAUCCUGUCUGGGCUGUCAAGAGAUUCCUGUGGUUUCAUGUCACUUUCAGACGAAAUAAAGUUGACUGA